UAAGUGUCCCCUAAAUAAUCAGAAUUCCCCAGCCAUGGCCGACCGCCGCCCCCUCUCCGCCGCCGCCGCCGUCCUCCGGAGGAUCCAAGAGCAUGCCCCGCACUCCCCGCAGCUGCUGGGGUUCCUGACCCUGUUCAUCUCCGCCGCCGUGCUGGUGUUCCUGACCGGGCUGACCAUCACCGCCGCCGCGGUGGCCCUCAUCCUCAUCACCCCCUUCAUCCUCCUGACCAGCCCCAUCUGGGUCCCGGUCGGCUUCCUCCUCUUUGUCGCCACCGCCGUGGUUUUGUCGCUCGGCGGGCUCGCGUUGGCGGCCGCGGCGGGGCUGUCGUGGGGGUUUAGGUACUUCAAAGGGAUGCAGCCGCCGGGAUCGGAGCGGCUCGAGUACGCGAGGAGCAGGAUUUACGACACCGCCAGAGAGUAUGGAGGGUAUUUUGGGCAGAGUAAGGUGAAAGAUGCAGCUCCUGGAGCUUAAUUAAUUAGCCUUAAUUGGAACAAAAACAUGAUAUCAUGAUUUAUAUUAUGGCUGAGUCGAUCGAUCGAUCGGUUGAUAUGAUUUUAUAUGUAAAAAACUUGAACAACUGCAUCGUAUUGUAAUAAAGAUAGGUUUUUGAGGACACAGAAUGAAGCUUUUACUUUCAUUUUUA